AAGCGACGAUGCCAAUAUGGGUGGUUCUUCUGUCGCGGAUCAUAAUGAAGGAGAAGCAGACGACGAAGGUGUACUUGUCUCUGAUCCCCAUAAUAACUGGUGUCCUGUUGGCCACAGUCACGGAGCUUUCCUUCGACAUGUGGGGACUCAUCAGUGCACUCGCUGCCACUCUGUGUUUUUCCCUUCAGAACAUCUUCUCCAAGAAGGUGUUACGAGAUUCCCGAAUACAUCACCUUCGGUUGCUGAACAUACUCGGGUGCCAUGCUGUGUUCUUCAUGAUCCCAACGUGGGUUUUGGUAGAUCUUUCUUCCUUCUUAGUAGAGAAUGACUUGAGCACCAUGUCUCAUUGGUCCUGGACCUUGAUGCUGCUUAUCAUCAGUGGAUUCUGUAAUUUCGCCCAGAACGUCAUUGCCUUCAGCAUCCUGAACCUCAUCAGCCCACUGAGUUACUCUGUCGCAAACGCCACCAAGAGAAUCAUGGUCAUCACAGUGUCCCUUAUCAUGCUUCGCAAUCCGGUUACGAGCACCAAUGUCCUUGGGAUGAUGACAGCCAUCUUAGGGGUUUUCUUGUAUAACAAGACAAAAUACGAUGCAAACCAAGAAGCAAAGAAGCAGCUACUUCCAGUUACAACUGGAGACCUUGUGAAUUUGGACCGGCAUCGAAACACACCCGAAAAGUCUCAGAACGGACUCACGGCGUUUGCACAACACGGGGACUAUCAGUAUGGUCGAACCAAUAUCCUAACAGACCACUUCCAGUAUAAUCGGCAAAACUACCCCACUACCUACAACUUAAAUCGUUUUGAUAUAUAGAAUGCAGCAAACAGGUACAGACUGUGGUAUCAGAGUG